AUGUCUGCCGAUCUUCUGGCCGAGUUCGACAGCUUCUACCAAGCUCCUCAAGAUGUUCGACCGAAUGCUACACCAGCGUCGAAUGAUCUCGCCUUUCUUGGAGGCACAAGCAGCACGCAAGCUGUUCCAGCGGGUGCGCAAUGGAAUGCCCAGCCGAAUCAGGCGGCGGUCUCGAAUGGGGAUAUAUGGGGUAGCAUGAACAGUUUCCAGCCAAGUGCGAGCAAUACCAAACCGUCAACAAUCCCUGCGGAGGACAUCUGGGGGGAUUUUGCAAUGGCCCCUACCCAGCAGCCUCCUCAGAACCUCAACCCCUCACCGGCAAACUAUGCAGCGGCCACACAUACCUUUCAAACUCGUAAUGAUGUUGGGAUAGUCAGGAGGCCCACUUUGGACCUCUUCUCAAGCAAUGUUGAUACUCUCCAGUCAAUCCCGCACCCCCAGAGCACCAAGUUCAUGUCAACAACUCAAAAGUCUCUGGGAAACACAACGAAUUCCUUUAGUAACGAUGUGCUCUUUGAUGCCACCGAGGAGUCUGCAGGAAUGGAAGACGAUGACGACGAUUUUGGGGAUUUCGAAAGCGUUUCUGCGUCUGAGCCUACUCCACCACAACCAGUAUCGCCCCAAUCUUUAGACCAACUCUUUAGUACCACCACAUUAGAAUCUAAGCCUCCCCAAAGGCCCAAAGAACUCUCUCCGACCACAAUAGGUAUAAAUCCACUACCAUAUCCCCAGGCUCCAAAAUCCCCCUCUUUUCGCGAGCGGAAUCCCUUUAGUGGACAACUCGAACUCGCCAUGGGAAAGGCUGCAGCAAUGAAGCAGGCGGAUAAACCAAGAUCAGGAUCUCCGAUCACGGCGUGGCCAACAUAUGUUUCCCCAAAACCAGAUCUACUUGAGUACAAAGACUCUCCUGCGCCAGUAAACGAAGUAGAUGAUGACUGGGGCGACUUCGAGGAUCUUCCACCGGAACCUCCUGCCGUAAAAAAUGCGAAGGCUAUAUCUGGAAUUGAAGCUAACGCUCGGGGGUGGGAUGCCGCUGACCAGGUCAUUUCAACCCAGAAAGUCGAUAUUCCACCCCCAACCAACAUCCCACCUCCGUCUGUUCUUUUGACACUUUUCCCUCAAUUAUUUGAUCUCCCGCAAAGCACGUUAUUCAAAGGAGUCGUCAAUCAGCCAUUCUCUCUCAAAAACAGAGUACUAUCUGACCCAGCAACUGUCGAUUUCCUGCGUGGAUAUUUACUCAUUGCUAUAGUAGCAGCUCGGGUGGUUGCAGGCCGGAAAUUACGGUGGAAAAGAGAUACCAUCCUCUCUCAAGCCAUGAAAAUUGGGCCUGCUGCUGCUGGAGGCAAAGGGGGUAUGAAACUGACAGGCGUUGAUAAGGCUGAAAUUACCCGAGAAGAUCGGGAAGCGGCAGAAGUAGUGAGGGUCUGGAAAGAUCAAAUCGGGCGACUCCGUUCAGCUAUUGCUGUAGCCAACACUUGCAUUAAAGAUGCCUCUAGACAUCUGGUGAUCCCCGAGAUUACCGAAACGAUGAACGUCAAGUCGCUACCAGGCGGUCUGACAGCGCCUAAACCGUGUGUUAUAUGUGGACUCAAGAGAGAAGAGAGAAUAGCCAAGGUAGAUGUCCAAGUUGAAGAUAGUUUUGGGGAGUGGUGGACCGAACACUGGGGCCAUCGGGCUUGUAAGAACGUUUGGGAGAGACACGAGUCGGAUUUAAAGCAUAGGUGA